AUGGCGAACUACGCAGAAACUUUCGCCGCGUGGACGGCCAUAUGUUUGACAGACCACACCCUCCUGGGUGAUAAUGACACUGAGGAGGACGUGAGGGCGCUGUGCCAAGAGGCAGUCAAAACCUGUCCCUUCGCAGCAGCCGUUUGCGUGCACCCCCAUUUUGUAAAAUUCAUAAACGAACAGAUAAAAAAAGAAAUCGUGCCCUUCAAACCGAAGAUCGCCUGCGUUAUAAACUUCCCAGGGGGGAACGAUCCCAUGGAGAAAGUGUUGGAAGUUACUCGCAAAGCAGUUAGCGACGGGGUGGAUGAAGUCGACCUGGUGAUUAACUAUACAAAGAUUAUUGAAGAUCCGAAGGCAGGAGUUGAAGAAGCUACACUCCUAACGAAAAAGGUUAAGGAGGUGUUAAAGGAGAAGUUACUCAAAGUGAUAAUCGAAGUUGGGGUGUUGAAAUCUGAGGAGUUAAUCGUCCAGACGACGUUAGCUGUGCUGAAGGGAAAUGCGGACUUUGUGAAGACGUCUACGGGGAAGGCACAGGUCAAUGUGACGCCCAGUUCAGUCAAAUCGAUAAUCAAGGCAAUGAAACUGCACUUGGAGGAGAAUCCGGAGAAAAAGGACAAAAUUGGACUCAAGAUUUCCGGGAGCAUAAAGGACCUUAGCCUGGCCAGCUACUACAUUCUCCUGGCGAGGAAUGUCUUCAGCGCUUUGGCUUGCCACCCGAACAACUUCCGCAUUGGGUCGUCCUCCCUCGUCCCCAAGCUCCGGAAGAUCAUUGAGAAUUGCCCUCCCUGUUAG